GGGGAAGUGCUUCAUCAACCCCACAGGCUUUAAAAGCAACAGGGGUCGACUGUCUGUUUAUGUGGGUCACAGGACAGAGAGAGGACAGAGACUCAGUCCAGCCAGGGAGGGACAAUGCACUGUCUCUCGUCGCUGUGGCUGUACGCGGCCCUGCCAGGUCUGCUGUGGGCCUCCCAUGUCACUCUGAUAGUGGAGGGGGACAAUGACGCCUCCAGGAUCUGCAAACCUGCCCCCCACUGGGAAAUAAAUGGACAGGCACCCAUGCAAGAGCUGCUGGGAAAUGUGGUUGUGGUGGCGCUGCUGAAGGCCAGCUGACAGUUCUGUCUCACUCAGGCCUCCAACAUUGGAGGCCUGCGUGGCAAGCUGAACCGCAGCAACCUGACAGAGGUGUCCUUUAUGAUAGUAAAUGAGCGAGAGGCUCAGUCCAGAGCCAUGUUCUGGGAGCUGAAGAGAAGAGCGCCCCCUGGAGUUCCCGUGCACCAGCAGUCUCCCUUUCAAAAUGACGUGUGGGAGGCUCUGGAUGGUGACAAAGAUGACUUCCUGGUCUACGAUAGAUGCGGCCUGCUCACCUUCCAUAUAGUGCUACCUUACAGCUUCCUGCAUUACCCCUACGUAGAGGCUGCAAUCAGAGCCACUUAUCAUAAAAACAUCUGCAACUGCUCCGCUAAUUCUACCGUAUCAAGUGGCAAGAACAUCCCAGUGAGGAACGAGACAGCGCAGCUUGAUGUCAUCCAGACGACUGCAGAGGUGGGAGACACAGCUCAUGGGGCGACCCAUCACCACAGCCAUCAUCAUCAUCACCCUCAUCAUUCCCGUCACCACCAGCACCAUCACACCGGUCACCAGAAUCAGCUCCAGCGUCAGCGUGAUACAAGUCAGAAUGAAACUCACAACCCCCAUCUUCUCGGUGAUCAUCACCACCACUCUCAGCAUCACCAUCACCAUCCUCAUCCUCAUCCUCAUCAUCAUCAGCAGCACUCUGGCAAUAAUAGUCAUCCUGCUGGAGUGGAAGCGGAUAAUUAGGAUGUCAGUUAAAUUAGUUGUGUUUUUUCUUUCUUCUUUCUUCUAAAUGUAGCUACGAUGGGUUUAUUUUACUUUUGGUGAAACAUUUUUGCUUUGAUGGACGAACAUACAGGUAAACAGCGGUGGAAUCUGUUUAAGAAGUAAUCAGAAGGUGGUUUCUCUGUUAGCAUGCCCACACCUCACUCCUCUGUGUGGAUGACGUAAUCAUCCCCACCCCGUCUGCUCCCAUUAAUGAAGUCUAUGGUGUAAAACCUGCUUGCAGGAUGCUGUAGACAGAUGUGUGCGGAGGGACUGGAUGGACUGAUGGAUACUGUCAUCCAGACAGAGAGGAUGUUGUACGCUGCUGCUGAGCAAACAGUCUGACAGAUUACUGUCCAAACAUUUUCCUUCCUGUUCAGUUUCUGCCUCUGUUAAUCCCGUCUUGUGCAGGAUCUGGAACUGACACGCUGUGCUGCGACAUUACUAGACGCAUAUAACAAGAGCUUCAAGAGUGCUGUCCUUUAUUCAGCUGCAUGUGCACCAGCAUUUUGGGAGGUGGUGUGAUGAAUUAGAUUAGUGUACUAAUCCAAUGAAAUCAGUAGAUAGAAUAAUUCACAUCUGCAAACACAGUGUUUUCACUUCCACUUGUAGUGAUGCAUAAUGGUACAGUAUUACUGGAUUAACAUGCUAUACGUUGCUGCAUUUAAUCAAUUUUGCAUAUUUGCUGUAGAUUUGAAACUGUUACUUUCCUACUUAUUGAUUAAUUACCUGA